UGAGAGUUUACCGAUUGUCUUCAUGAUGACCAUCAUCUCUCUGCUCCUGCUGGCCUCUCUGCUGCCACACCUGACCUUCACUGCUCAUGUGAAUGUGGGUAUAGUGAACGGCAAAGAAGCAAAACCCCACUCCAGACCUUACAUGGUUUCUCUUCAGAUAAAUGGACAUCAUAACUGCUGUGGAUUCCUCGUUUCUGAUGAGUUUGUCUUGACUGCUGCACAUUGUCAAAAGAAAAAUGAAAUACUGACAGCUGUGGUUGGUGCACAUGACCUAAAAAAAAUGACUGAGGGGUCUGUCCGCAUCAGAGUGAAGUCCUACCACCAGCAUCCUGACUAUAACAGAGAUACAAACCUGAAUGACAUUAUGCUUUUGAGGCUACAGGAAAAGGUCAAACUAAGCCAAAAUGUUGAACCGAUAUCAUUAAUGAAUAAUAAAAAAGACAUCAAACCAGGUACUGCCUGUAGUGUUGCUGGCUGGGGAAAACUGAAGUUUAAAGGCUCAGCUAGUGAUCGCCUAAUGGAGGCAAACAUGAAAAUAAUGAAAAACACACAAUGUAAAAAUAAAUGGAAAGGAAGAAAGUAUUCAGUCUCAAAGAUGAUGUGUGUAUUUGGCUGUGGUGGAUCCUGCAAAGGGGAUUCAGGAGGUCCUUUGAUUUGUGGAGACACUGCAGUUGGUGUCACUUCCUUUGGUGAUGCUAAUGUCUGUAAUUCACCUGAGCAUCCUAAUGUCUAUACUAAGAUUUCAGCAUAUCUCAAAUGGAUUCGCAAAAUAAUAAUAAUUAAAAAAAAUGUUAAGUGAUUUCAUGGGGGGGGGGGGUUGAUUAAAAAUGAAGAUUUUUUUU